AUACAAAAUGUGUCAGUAGUCUUUUAAGAAUUUCGCUACAUCUGGAUCUGGUAAGAAGUACAUCUAGUUCAUUUACAAGUUCAACAAUGCCAAUACUAAACACAUUUACAAUAUUUCUGAUAUGUAUGACCCUGUUUCCUAAUUUGGCAGCUGUAGUGACGCGUCUCGACUGCACAUAUGAAUUAAAUAGAAUAACCAACAUAAAAUGUUUAUCAGUGGCUGCCAACAAAGUGGAGGAUUGCAAAUUUUAUAUUAACACUAAAUAUUCUAAUCUUACUGCUAUUGAGAAUGCUACUGAAAUCCACUCGAUACUUGUGAAUGGAUCGUUCCAGAACAACUGUAGCCUUCAAAUUUCACUUUUGACACUAGGCCCUGGUGACCAUACGAUUUCAGCCUUAAUGACGCUGGGUACAGAAGAUGGAGGAAAAAAGAACAUCAGCGGUUUUGUUGAGAUAAAAAUAAGACCUGAAUGGAUCAAACUCGACUGCACAUAUAACAUUUACAACAGAAUAGCCUUCAUAAAUUGUUCAUCAGUGGCUGACUACAAAGUGGAGGAUUGCAAAUUUUAUAUUGACACUAGAUUUUCUAACCUCACUGCUAUUGAGAAUGCUACUGAAAUCCACUCGACACCUGAGAAUGGAUAUUUCCAGAACAAAUGUAACCUUCAAAUUCCACUUUUGACACUAGGCCCUGGUUUUCACGAAAUUUCAGCCCGUAUGAUCCUGGGUACAGAAGAUGAACGAAAAAAGAACAUCAGUGGUUUUGUUGAGAUAGAAAUAAAAUCUUCACUAGAUUAUGUUCAUUGUUAUUCAUCAAGUAAGGAUCUCAAAGUUGAGACAGUUCAAUGCUGCACUGAAUUGAUGUUAUUUAAUAUCAGCUGUGAUUUUAAGCUCUAUAUCUGGGAUGCACCGGAAUAUGCCAUAGAAAAUGUGUCCUACAACAAUGGCACGACUGGACGCGACAGUAGUUUAUGCAAGGACUGGUGCAUGGUGACUGUUCCAAUGGAAAUGAUAUAUAUAGAACUACACUCCUACUCUGUAAACAUGUCUCUCAUGAACGGCUCUGAGGUUAUUGAAGUUAAAAAUAGCUCGUCUGGUUUCUCUAAGUAUGGAUCUGACCACACAGAAUUGGACCCGACCUGUGAAUUCCUGAGUUCUAAACCCAUAUAUCCUGGAGAAACUAGGACCUGUACUUGUACAUUUUACGGUAUCGCAGGCUAUGGUAACUGGUACUUCAAUGGACUUAAGGAAGUAAUUUCAAAUUUGACAGAACCUGUUCCAGGAACGCAUGAUAGAAAGCUGGUUGUAUCAUACAAAGAUGUUGAAAAACAUAAAGUAUUUUUUUGUGGACCUGAGACUAUUGAUAAAAUAAAAAAUUUUAUACCAUAUUCACCUCUUUUGGCAAAUUCCACCAACAAUGUCUGCAAGCUGAUGUCUUCUUAUGGUGUCUUGUACCUGGCAAUGGUCAUGUGGGCUCUGGUGUGGAAGUUAGCUUGAAAUUGACUUUCAACAAUUUUGGUGAAAAAUAUUUUUUUAAAAUUUAAUAGCUGCCUUAAAUUCUACAUAAUUUAAUUAUUAUCAUUAUCCUUUCCCAUUUGUGUUUAAGACACACAGGGGAGAUGAAAUAGAGUUUGCCUGUUCUCAAUGUUUUAAUUACUUCAUUCCAUUACAGGUACUUAAAACAAGCCUAUAUUAUGUUUAUUUUAUAAUAUGUACUCUAAAAAGAUUGAGGAUGUCUAUUCUUUUACAGAAUAAUUACCUUCAUUUUCAUGUUGUAUGUUCCAUAUACUUAAAAAUUACUUGAUGUUAUUUUGUUAUUCUCCAAAAGCAAUAUCCCCCUUAACAAUUCACAUGUUUGAUUGUGGCAUUUUGUAUUACUUUAUACUAUUGUUGUCUUUAUUUUAUUUACUGCUUCAGUCAUGUAUUAUAGAGGAGGAGUGUCCAUUUUGUAAU